CGCCGCAUUUGUCGAUUUAUGAGGUGAGCGUUUCUCUUGGCUGAGGAUCUAUGGAAAACGGGGGGCAUGGGUGGGCCUGGUUGUAGGAAGGGAGCGCCGUCGCAAGGAGUGGCACAUUGCUGGAGUGGGCGAUGUCCCACCAAAGUGAUACUAUCCCACCCAUUCUCUUUUCGAUUCCCCCUCCCCCUAUGGGCACCACCGAUUACUUAUGAACCAGACGUCUCUGCCAUCAUUUUUUCACACGAUGCUAUCAUUCCGCACAAGAUAGCAAAACCACUCGAAAACAGCACCGACGCGAGCACUAGCAACAUACAUGGCAGUAAUGUUCAGACGCAAGGUAGCCAAGGGCUUGCACAGGGUACUGGACGAUUGGAUCUUGGCAGGCGGAAUCUGACGUCAUGCCUCAACCUCCUCGACGAGCAACGCCUCCGCUUCCUCGACUACCAGAAUAACUUCAUCGCCAAAAUCGAGCACCUCGAGCAACUGUCGAAUCUCGUACUUGUGGAUUUCUACAAUAACCACAUCACGCACAUGAGCGGCCUCGACUGCCUCUACAACCUCAAGAUCCUGAUCCUGGGCAAGAACAGGAUCCAGAAGAUCGAGGGGCUCGACGAUUGUUUGAAAUUGGAAGUCCUGGAUUUGCAUGCGAACGCUGUUGUUGUCGUUGAGAACAUAGGUCAUCUCAAGCACCUCCGCAUCCUGAACCUGGAAGACAACCGCGUCCAACAUGUCGGCAAACUAGGCAACUUGCGAGCGCUUGCAGAGUUGAAUCUGCGGCGGAACCAGAUUGACUCCAUCAAAGAUGUACAACGCCUCGUCAACCUCAAACGCCUGAUCUUGAGCUCGAACUGUAUCUCGUCGCUGGACAAGAUCGCUGAUGUACUAGUGCUCGAUCAGCUUUCUGAACUGUCAUUGGAAAACAACCCUCUCUCAUACCUCGCGACUCCCGCCCCACCAGCCACCACCUCAAACCCAGCACCAACCACCACAACCACGACCCCAUCGGCAUCAACUCCCCGCGCAUACAUCAUCCACAAAGCGAAACGACUAAAAAUCCUCGACGGGCGGCGGGUGACGGAAGAAGAGCGCCGCGUCGCGACAAGGCGGUAUAAGCGUGAGGCGGAGCGGAGGAGGGAGGUUGAGAGGGUUUGUGCCGUGCGAGAUGAGCGCACACGCAGCAUCAAAACCGUCGCAACCCGCUGGGCCAACCUCAACGGCCUCUCCACGAUCGACGUUACCGAGCUGCUCGAGUUCACUUGGCCGCCUGAUCCGCUCAAUCCCACCACAUCCACAUAUACUUUCACUGCCCCAUCGCCCCCACCACCGCCAUCAUUGGCGGCGAAUGGAACGACAAAGACUGGGGUUGGUAAAAGCAAGCGCGGGUUACUGGCUCAGGAGGGAUGCAUACAUCGGUCUGAGACGUGUUUCGCGGAGAUGGAGGGUGGGAGGCUUGUCAUAUACGGCGACGCAACGGUCAUCCUCGACAAAAUCGACGCGGCGGCAGUGACAUCCCUCGCUCUUCUGUAUAUCAACGCUACGCGGCUGAGCGGGCCAGCAGGCGGCGGGGUAUUUGCCAGACUGCGGCGGUUUACGGGGUUAAGGUGUUUGGUUUUGGGUGCCAACCGGUGCGAUCGGUUGAGAGAUGUGACACAUCUAGCAACCCUCCCGCCCACCCUGCAAACAUUCACCGUCCUCCGCUCCCACAACGCCGUCCUCGACUCCUCGUUAUGUAGACCGUACGCCGUCUUCCGCCUCGCAUCCCGCGCGUCGUCUCCGCUGCUGGAGCUCAUGGGCGCUGUUGUGAGUGAAGAGGAUAGGGCGGAAGCCGAGGUGCUUUUCGGUCCCCUCCGCCGCACCGUAGCCCAAAUCCAAUCCCCCCAGCUCCCCGCAACCGAAUCCGACCUCCCCAUCCCGCUCGCCGCGCUGCACGACCCAUUCGUCUGCGCCGAGGGCCUGCGGAAAUCUCACUCGCCGGCACAUACACGUCCACAUUCGUCUCAUCAUAGGGAGAUGAUUCUCGAUAUCAGCAAGAAGCUGGUGCAAAGUUGCGUGCGCGGCGCCGUUGAUGAUGUGGUGAUGCGGAGGGAGGUGGAUGCGUUGUGGCCGGUUUUUGUGCAGGGGGCUUGUUUGAGGGGGGUGGUUGGGGGUGGUUGAGGAGAAUGGAUGAGAUGAAGGAGUAGUGUGGGGGUUUGUCGAUUUUGGGUGUCGUGUUGAGACAACUGUCUGUGCCGCGCUCGAAUGUAUAUAUAUGCCUAUCUACAUGUACAUCUACCCUGGACCAGAACGGCGGUGGCCUCUGUAAUAUGACGUGCGGACGACUCCCCGCCAUCCUCAUCAGCAUCUGACAUUGGGGAUGGGGAGGGAGGGGGAGUGCGAGUGGGAGUGGGAGUGGAAGUGGAGG